AUGACUGACACCUACAGAAUUCUGACAGAUCCACAUUGGGUCCCACACAAACCGAAAGCGCAGCAAGCCUCCAAGAAGGGCGCGAAGAAAAUCAUGAAGAAGUCGCCAACGAAGGCUGGCAAGAAGAGGAGGCGGUGCAGGAAAGAAAGUUAUGCCAUUUACAUCUACAAAGUGAUAAAGCAGGUUCACCCCGACACCGGCAUCUCCUCCAAGGCCAUGAGCAUCAUGAACUCGUUCGUCGGCGAUAUUUUUGAGCGCAUCGCGGGGGAGGCUUCCCGCCUGGCCCAUUACAACAAGCGCAGCACCAUCAGCUCCCGGGAGAUCCAGACCGCCGUGCGGCUGCUGCUGCCCGGGGAGCUGGCCAAGCACGCCGUGUCGGAGGGCACAAAGGCGGUGACCAAGUACACCAGCUCCAAGUGAGGGACCGCAUUGCACUGAAACAAACAUAUCCACAACUCAAAGG